AUGUGGGCAGCGUACUCUGACUUGAUGUCACGACAGAAGAGCCAGGAAUGUAGCACAAGGUUACAAAGUGCAACCAGAGAAAAACUCAGGAAGUUUGACUCUCUGCGCGCUGGAGAGGUGCAGCCCGGUGAGUUUUGGGACGUGGUGGUGCUGACGGCUGUGGAUGAGAACCAGAGAGCAGCUUAUGAGCUGCAGAUCAGAGAGAAGCUGCUCAGAAAAGAGCUUCCGGUCGGAGUUCAAUACAAAGUGUUCGGAGCUCUCUCAACAUGUUUCCUCUUCUCAUCGUCUCCAGGAGGGUUCAGCCAGCGCCUGCCGGCCAGCGCUCUGGGGAAGACUCCGGCCGUGCCUCUGGGGGACCCUCUCUACCAGAUGCUGGAGCUCAAACUGGCGUUAUAUGUGGAUUUCCCGUCUCAGAUGAAGCCCGGUGUGCUGGUGACCUGCGCGGACGACAUCGAGCUCUACAGCACCUCAGAGGACGAGAGGGUUAAGUUCGACAAACCUGGCUUCACCGCAUUAGCCCGCCACCCAUGGAGAGAGGGUUGUUUCGUGCUUUCUGACGCUGAGUUUGCCUACACAGACAGCACCUAUUACAUUGAUUUUAAUACAGCGAUGUCUCUUCUCAAUCUGCUGAAGGAGUUAGGGCCUUUGGACUGUGAGGUGGACGCUUACGGAGACUUCCUCCAAGCACUGGGUCCUAACGCCACGAUAGAUUACACCAGCAACACUGCGAAUGUCACCAAAGAGGAGAGCAGUCUAGUGGCAAUCCGCCAAAAGAUCUUCCAUCAUCUAAAAGGAACUCCUUUGAAUGUUAUCCUCUUGAACAACUCCAAGUUUUAUCACAUUGGAACCACGUCAGAGUACCUGUUUCACCUCACGGAGGAUGUGAUGCUGAGGACUGAGCUGGGUCUCCUGUCCUCUGCAUUCAGCGUGGAUAUGAAGGAAAACUCAGGAUGCUGCGUUAUGCACAGCGUCCUGGACCCCAGUGUCUCUGUGGGAGCUGGGUCAGUGGUGGAAUAUUCCAGACUGGGAGCAGGAGCUUCUGUAGGUGUUGGCUCCAUCGUAAGCAGCUGCUGGAUCCCUGCAGGACUCUCAGUGCCCGAUAGCGUCUUCAUGCAUUCCCUGUGUGUGAAUGUCAAGCAGAAAACCAGGUUUGUAACCGUCGUCUUUGGCAUAAACGACGACUUGAAGCGCAGCGUGGAAGCCCCGGCGUUUAUGGAAGAUUUGAAUCUGUUUGGUGUCAGCGUCGCAGAGUCUUUGUCUCGCUGGGGGCUCGAGAACGAAGCCCUGAGGUUCUCCGGUGAUGCUUCAAACUGUAGUUUGUGGAGCGCUUGUUUGUUCCCUGUUUGCUCGGAUCAACAGAGCUCCUCACUGACUCUGGAGAUGCUGCAGGCCGCGCUGAGUGGAUCUACUUUCACUUUACCCAGAGACACACAGCUGAUGUCCAUGCAUGAGGCCUCACAGUGUAAAGACCUGCAGCAGAUGUUGGAGUUCAGAACAGGACUUUAUGAAACAUCAAAGAAACCUAACAACAACUGGUGAGA